UUUUCAAAAGGGGCUCCCAAAAGUUACAUUAUUUUAAGUUUAUGUAUAUUUUUUACGGAGUUGAAUCGCUCAAAUGUGCUGCCACCCUGGACUGUAACUAUCGCAACAAGCUGCUUCGGCAAUCGGUUAUCGGUGCGCACUACUCGAUAGCUUUAUAUCAGUUCAUAUUGGAUUUGGAAUUGCAGCCUUGGUGUCUGUCGCUUAUAGUACCGAAACGCGGCCCAGUUUUUUUGUUUUAUUAUUAUUAUUCCAAAAAUAUACAACGUACGCCGCGCGUGAAUCAUUCGCGACGUCUCGCCUUAAAUCGAGUGUACACAUCAUAAAUUUCAACGAAACCAACAAAAAAUUUAAUAUUCAUCAAUUUUUGUUGUUGUUUUACACGUGGACACUCGCAUUUCAAUUCGCCCGAUAAUAUUUAUUGAAUAUCGCCGUCGCUGCGCUUCGCCCCCGCCCCGCACGCCCCCGUCUGCCCCAUCGUCCGUGUGUGUUACGAAUUUUGUAUAAAUAGUUGUGUGUUCUCAAAAAGAAAUAUAAUAAAAAUAAAACAAAAAAUAUGUUUAGUUUUCUGAAGCGCGAGACUAAAAAUCAAGAGGUGGUCGAGAAUGUCAUCGGUGAGCUGAAGAAAAUCUAUCGCAGCAAAUUGUUGCCAUUGGAGGAACAUUAUCAAUUCCAUGAUUUUCACUCGCCAAAGCUGGAGGAUCCGGAUUUCGAUGCGAAGCCGAUGAUCUUGCUGGUGGGGCAGUACUCGACGGGCAAGACAACCUUCAUUCGUUACCUGUUGGAGCGUGAUUUUCCCGGCAUACGCAUCGGACCGGAGCCGACAACAGAUCGUUUCAUUGCCGUUAUGUACGAUGACAAGGAGGGCGUUAUUCCCGGCAAUGCACUCGUCGUCGAUCCCAAGAAACAAUUCCGGCCAUUGUCGAAAUACGGCAACGCCUUCCUCAAUCGUUUCCAGUGCUCGAGUGUUUCGUCGCCGGUGCUGAAUGCCAUUUCCAUUGUGGAUACGCCGGGCAUUUUGUCCGGCGAGAAGCAGCGCAUCGAUCGUGGCUAUGAUUUUACGGGCGUGCUCGAAUGGUUUGCGGAGCGUGUGGAUCGCAUCAUUCUGCUCUUCGAUGCGCACAAGCUGGACAUCUCCGAUGAGUUUAGGCGUUCGAUUGAGGCGCUCAAGGGGCACGAUGACAAGAUCCGGAUCAUAUUGAACAAGGCGGAUAUGAUUGAUCAUCAGCAGCUGAUGCGGGUUUAUGGCGCGCUGAUGUGGUCGCUGGGCAAGGUGCUGCAGACGCCGGAGGUGGCACGUGUCUACAUCGGCAGCUUCUGGGAUCAGCCGUUGCGCUUCGAUGCCAAUCGGCGUCUGUUCGAGGACGAGGAACAGGAUCUGUUCCGGGAUCUGCAAUCAUUGCCACGAAAUGCGGCAUUGCGUAAACUCAACGAUCUGAUUAAGCGUGCGCGUCUGGCCAAGGUGCAUGCGUUCAUCAUUGCAGAACUGCGCAAGGAUAUGCCAUCGAUGUUCGGCAAGGAUAGCAAAAAGAAGGAUCUGAUCAAGAAUCUGGGACAGGUCUAUGAUCGCAUUCAACGGGAACACUCCAUAUCCCCCGGCGAUUUUCCGGAUGUGAAGAAAAUGCAGGAUCUGCUGCAGCAUCAGGACUUUUCCAAAUUCCAUUCACUCAAGCCCCAUCUGCUGGACAUUGUCGACAAUAUGCUGGCCAAGGAUAUUGCGCGACUCAUGGAAAUGAUUCCCCAGGAGGAGAUGUCACUCGUCCAAGAUCCAGUAGUCAAGGGAGGUGCCUUCGAGGGCGUCAUCGACGACACUGUCUCACCGUUUGGCUACAUGAAGGGCGAGGGCAUCGAUGCUGGAUACGGCGAGCACGAAUGGAUAUGCAACAAGGAUAAACCACGCACAGAUGUCAUCUUCAACGAGCUGGGACCGGUCGAUGGCAAAAUAUCCGGGUCAACUGCCAAGCAGGAGCUCAUCAAAUCGAAACUGCCUAAUUCAGUGCUUAGCAAAAUCUGGAAAUUGUCCGAUAUUGAUUGCGAUGGUUUUCUGGACAUUGAUGAAUUUGCGCUGGCGAUGCACUUAAUCAAUGUCAAAGUGGAUGGUUGUGAGCUGCCAACUGUGCUGCCGGAGCACUUAAUACCACCGUCGAAGCGUCUUGACUAAUGCUGCAACAAUAUGCAAAAACGAAGAACACACACACAAAACCGCACACACACACAAAACGGAAUUUGCCGGCAACUCCUAUGCAAUAAUGCAGCACUCUGUUUGUUCUGCUUCUUUAGUUCAAUGGCAAGAAAACAGAAAAAAAGAAGGAAUUAUCUUUUUAUACGUACUUUAUUCGUCUAUAAUAAUAUUGCUAAUCAUGGGUAUUAAAACACACCAAUGCAAAAGCACCAAGCAAAACAUAAAUUCAUAGAAUUUACACAAGUAAUAUUUUUGGAUAAAUAACAAUCAAUUCUAAAUUGUAAUGCGAGAGGAAAUAAUAAUUAGUGGAAUUAUACACUCAAAAAAAAAAAGUGUUGUAUAUGCACCGCCUAGACACCCAACGUAAAUGUUGAUUUAAGAGAAAAGUACAGAAUAAAUACUUGAUCUAUGAUAAUGAA